AAAAUAGCCGGGACCGGCUGUCAAAAACCUAACCUUACUUUUAUCAACAAUUGAAAACUUCAAGUCAUAGUGAUUUAUUUGAAAUAAAUUAUUUCAUAGCAGAAAAUACAAUAAAACCGAUAAUGACUAAUUUCUUUAAAUCCAGUGAACCUCUCGAUUUAAAUGAACACACACUGAUAAUUCCAGGCGUAUCAGUGGGAAAUGUUCCGCAAUUUUCAGUGGAUUUAUUAAUUACAACGUUUGAUUUGAAAAAAGUGGCAACAAUUUGGCACCCAGGAAUAGUGUCGUCAGUUGGAAAUGAUCCAUUUACACCGGAUUCAACUGAAAUAUGCACAGCUUGCGAACUGUACUCCAAUAAAGAAUCAAAAAUAUCUGCUAUACAGUUACGUUCAACAUUGGAGUUUAAACUGGUUAAAAAUUUUAUUGAAGAUUUAAAAUCCGCUUUGGGAGGGUUUAAAUUGAAGAAAAUUGUUAUUCUGGCAAGUGGUUUUGAUUAUGAACUCCAUACAGUGAGCAGCAACAAAUUCUUUUAUGUCAGUAAUGAUGGUGUUGAUAAAUUAAUGAAAGAUAAUGGGGUGAAAGCACUUGAAAAUGAUGCAAAUGAAAAAUAUUAUAUUCAUGGUGAUGGGUUUGGUUGCAUUUUGUUUAGUAUUUUAAGUGAAAAAUUUAAAACCACUAUUCUUGUUAAAUAUGUUUCUGAGGGUGAUAAUAUACCAGAUGCAUUUUCAAUGUUUGAGAAAUUAUGUAGGAUAAUAGAUUUAAAAUUUUCUAUGGAAUCUAUACAAAUACCAUAUUCAUGGAAAAAUGUUUUUGGUGGUCCUCCCCCAUUAGGAAUCUUUUGAAAAAGGUAUAAAAAAUCAAUAUAUU